AUGGCAUCCCCGAAUAAGAAGGCAAAAGACCCAUAAAACAAUGAUGAUAACUUUGAUGAUUUUAGCCCAGAUAUUGUUAUUGAUGACAAUCAUCAUCGUUAGAAUCACUUGCAUGUCAUGGACUCAGACGACAUUUAACUUACUUGGGUUGAGAUGAUUCCAUAAUUCCUAUUUUUAAUUGUUGUUGCUGUAGUUAUCAUUUUUGCUAUCCUAGAUUACUAAAAAGUUCUGCUCUGGCUUAAAAGUUUGAUUGAGUGGGUAUAAGAAGAUCCAGCCAAAGCUGGAUUUGUUAUUAUUGGAAUUUACGUUUGCAUGAUAGUUCUUUCAAUACCGAUAACACCUGUUUCAAUUCCAAUAGCAUAUGCUUUUCAUAAAGCAUUCAAGAAUUCUUAUGGUCGCUACCUGCUACGAGGUACUCUGAAAAAGACAUUGCUUAAAAGGAUUAAGCAUUUUAAUGCUCUUGACCUUGCAAUUACUUAAGAGAUUUAAUUCAAGCAAUUUGUUUUGGGAAAUUUCGGUGAGAUGUUUCAUAUUUUCGUAUGGGUCUUUCUUGGCGCAAACUUGACACAGCUUGACAUUUUUGAAACUGAUAAGUCAAAUGAGACCGAUAGCUCAAGCAGCUCUCCUUUUGCUAAAUCCUUAGUUUAUAUUGAAAUUAUUAUUGCUAUUGUGUUUAGUAUAUACGUAUCUAUCUGGGCUAAAAGGGAAUUUGAUAAAAUUGUGGAAUAAGAUAAUAUACAAUCAUUUAGAUCCUCUGAUAUCGAAGAAGGCACACCUCUCAUUAAUAGAAGAUAAUUUACUGGAAGUGAUAUAGAUAAUUAGACCAAUGAUGAUAAAGAUGUUUGA